AUGUCACUCGCCGCGGCCUUCUCAGAGGCGGUCGGCGCCCAGCUGAAGGACGACCUCGGAGCCUUGGGCGAGUUCCCGAGGCAGUCCUUCGCGGACCUCGUCGAGCUCGUGCUGCGGCUCGUCAUCAACCCCACCGACGGCGUCAAAUCCGCCGCCGUCGCGACGGAGCUCAAGCAGUUCGCCGCGGCGACGAAGAUCACGAACAUGGCGGUCCUCCAGGCCGGCGCGCGCGGCCUCGUGGCGCGGCCGCCCCGCGUCCAGCCGCCGCGCGGACGCGCGCGCGCGACGGCGCGGCGCCCGCAGGCGGUGCUCCAGCUUGCGGCGCGGCGCGGCAGCUCGGGUCGCGAGGUCCGCGAGGCCUCGGGCGCGCUGGGUCUCGACGGCUCGCGCGCAGAGGCCCUCGGGCGGCUCUGGGAGGGCGCCGUCGCCCCGCCGGGGGCGGGCCCCGGCGUCGGCGACGACGACGAGCUCCUCCCGGACGUAGAGACGCUCCGGCGGCUCGUCGACCUCGAGUGGAAGUUCGGCGUCACGGCGGCAUCGUCCGAGUCCGGCGCCGGCACCGUCGGGAGGACGUUCCUCCAGCUCGAGCUCGUCCUCGACGCGCCCGGCGGGGGCCUCGAGCGCGUCUACCUCGAGCUGACCCUGAAUCAGUUCUACGAGUUCCUCGCCCACAUGGAACGCGCGAAGGCCGCCCUCGCUAGCAUCGUCGCGCGCUGA